CAUUUUUGUGGAGUGAUCUUAGGUCCCCUGAAAGUCCUCGUGAACAACACUGUGAUCAGAUCCUUGUGUCCACACUGCAGCCCGCCUACUCCCCAGUCCCACCACUUCCUCUUCAGCUCUCACACUUGGGCUGUUCUUUCACUCUGAUCUGAUAUGCAAUGUCUCACCAUCACAUCAAGAUCACGCUGGCCUUGUUCACUUUAACUAAGGAAACAACCACAUCUGAAUUUAAUCUCAGUGGAUAAUAAAAAUACACCUCUGCCUCUCCCUUGCUGCUUUUUUUGUAUUUUUUUGUUUAUUUAAGGAGAACUUUUCUAACAAACUUUUAGAAAAUAUUUUGGACCUCAACACAGCUGCAUGCGGUGACUCCAGCAGUUCAGAAGCGAUGUCAUCUCUACUGUCCCACAACAAAGAUCAGCCACGGAUCAGAAAGUCGCUUUCUGAUUCUUGUCCAGCUUCAUCUGCAGCCGCCACCAAGAGCCUGAGGCAUGAGAGACUCUCAAGAUUGGGAUCUUCUGGACCAACUGAUGUCUUCAAUGACACAUCUACAAACCACGCUGAGUCAUACUUUUUACGAAGGGAGAACAGGCUCUCUGCAAGGAAAAAGGCAGAAGAAGAGACAAUGAACAAUGACUAUAAAAAGAUGUAUGAAAAGGCACUGGCCACCAAUCAAAGGCUCAAGUCCCGUCUGGAAACAAGUAAACAGGAACUGACCAUGAUCCAAGAGCAGCUGCAGAGAGCACAGCUUUCAUUACUGCAGAAUGGAACAUCAAGUGAUUGUGCCUCCAACAUGCUAGAAGCAGAAAAGAAGGCGAGUUGGAGCCUCAAAAAGAUGAUAUCAGAUAUGGAAGAACAAUUGAAGGUUAAAGCAGAGUUGAAGACGGAAAACCAGAGACUGAAGGAUGAAAAUGGGGCUUUAAUCCGUGUAAUCACUAAACUCUCAAAGUGAGACAAGACAAACAAGUGGGAGUACACAAGAAGUGUAAGGGGGCGGUUGGUGGACACACAAGAGGCAUAUUUAUAUCAGCGUUCAUUGUACAUUCAUCCUCUGAGAGAAUAUAUGAACAUAGCUCUCCAGAAAACUUGAGCCCAUCCUAGUGAUUGUAAUUAUUUACCUAGAGAUGUCAAACUUCCUGCCUGUUGAGUGACAUGAAGACACAUUUUACAGGUGUAAAACUACAAAUGUACUGUAUCCACUGUAGUAGCACAAUGCCAGGCUGAAAAUACAUUCAAUAAAAGUUUAUCUUAUGCAUUCACUAAAUAUUUCUAUGUGAAGCCAAAUUUCA